UGAAAGCAAAUCAUGAAAAAGAGGACAAAGGGGAAGUGAUUUUCUCGGAAAAACAUUGAUAUCAUACAAAAUUGUAAAACCAAUCAACGACUUAAAAACCAUCAGAUAAAUAUUCAAGUUUCAAUUUUGCUCUGAGCUGUUACGAGGUCCCCAGUUUCGAUUGGAUCUCCAACUAUAUGAAAAUUUCCUGGCUCAUCCUGUCAAAAAACAGCUUCUAAGCAACUGGAUGUUUUAAUGGCGGAAGAAAGAGGGGAAUUCCAAUAGGAAAAGGAAUAUCUGCCACGAGUAUGGAAGGAGAAGAUGAGGGCAGAACGAUAUUGGUGUCAGGAAUCCCAACUGAUUUCCGUUUGGAAGCCAUUCAGUCUUAUUUUGAGAACAAGAGUAGAUCAAGUGGAGGACCUAUUAAAGGAAAGCCAGAACGGAUCCAAGAUUCUGAGGAAGUUAUUAUCACUUUUGAAUCGGAAAAAGAUGCAGAAAAUGUUGUCCAAAGGAAGGUCCAUAAUGUAAGCAAACAUAAACUUCAUGUGGACUGGUAUAAAAAUCUAGUCUGGCAAGAAGAUGCAGUGAUUGUGUCAAAUGGCCCCAAAGACAUGUCGGAAAAAAUGUUAAUUGAUUUUUUGGAAAAGACAGGAAAAUUGGAUAUUGUAUAUGUUUCCCCUGGAAGAAAAGCUGGAACUUUUCUUGUGUAUUGCCAAAAUGAAAUUGAUUUUGAGUGUGUUCAGAGGAUGUGCAAAAAAAAACCUUAAAAGGAAAUCAACUGACAGUGGAUAGAAUUAAGGAAAUAAACAGUGUUCAAGUGAAAAAUGUUUCUUCAAAUGUCAGCUCUGACAGUCUU